AUGGAAAUACUAUUUAAAAGAGAAGAGUGGGAAAUAAUUAGCAAGUCAAUGGAGGGCGGAGCCCCAGUCAAGUUGCCGGCUAUUUUUAAAAAGCUUGAACAUGAGGACUCCCCUCCCGUCAAACCUCCUCGUGUUCAUGAGCCUGGUUUGCCAGACCCACAAACAGGCCAAGCUCUCUUAAGAUUGCAUCAAUUUCCCAUUAAGUUUUCCAAAACUGAUCGUUAUAUUUCG